AUAAAUAUAUAUACCGCGUAGCCGUUCAAACAGCCUCCACAACAUACUAUUUUCACCUCUUCAUUACGAGGUAAUGGUUUCCUCCACCACAGAGAAGCAACAUAAGAGAGACAACAACCUGUACCUCCUCCUCCUCCUCCUUUUCUCCCUCUUUCUUCUCCCUCAUCAUACAAUAAUAAGAGCAUUCACCAACAGAACCAGUUCCAAAUCUCUCGGAACCAACAAAUCAAUUCUCACUUCUUCAACCGUUACACAUUUUUUCUCACCACUAUAAAUCCUACCUCAUUUCAAGCUCCGCUUCUCCGCCCGAAUCCGCCGCCGGCCACCAUCCACAAUGUCGCCGCAGAAGCUCUCCAGCUUCUCUUUCCUUUUUCUUCUCAAAGUUCUCAUCUUUCUCCUCCACAGCACCAGCUCUGCCUCCACCGCCGGCGAUUUUCCCAACUCCAGCCUGAAACGCUUCAUCAUAUCCGUCCGCCGCCCUGCAGCCGUCAGCCAUGAGAAGAGCCGGGAGUGGCACGACCCCCUCCGCCAUACCACGGCUGCUCCACUCCUACACCAACUUGCUCUCCGGUUUCUCCGCCCGCCUCAGCGCUGACGAGCUUAAUACAAUCUCAAAGAUGGAUUGGUUCAUAAACGCCAUUCCCGACCCUGUGUACAAGCUCCACACCACCCACUCCCCUGAAUUCCUCGGAUUACUCCAUUCCCCCGCCGGCGCCUGGAACGAUUCCAAGCAAGGCGAAGGCAUCAUCAUCGGUCUUCUCGACAGCGGAAUCACAGCCAACCACCCUUCCUUCUCCGACCAAGGUGUCCCCCCUCCUCCCCCUAAAUGGAAAGGUAAAUGCACCUUCCCCAAACCUCUCUGCAACAAUAAGCUAAUCGGCGCUCAAUCCUUCAUCUUCGGCGAGCCCGAUGGAACUCCUCCGGACGACCAUGACGGCGACGGCCACGGCACGCACACGGCAAGCACCGCCGCCGGCACGGCGGUUUCAAAAGCCGCCUCUUUUGGUAACGCUGCCGGCACGGCGGUCGGAAUGGCUCCUCGCGCUCAUAUCGCCGCAUACAGAGUAUGCACUGACGAUGCAUGCUACGAUGCAUGCUACGGAAGCAAUAUAUUGGCGGGGAUGGAUGCCGCCAUUCAUGAUCGAGUCGACGUUCUCUCCAUUUCGCUCGGCGGAGAUGCCGACUUAGAUUUCUAUCAGGACCCAAUGGCGAUCAGCGCGUUCACCGCUACGUCAAUUGGGAUAUUUGUCAGCGUGUCGGCGGGGAAUGAUGGUCCGGAGAAGGGGACGGUGACGAAUGCCGCGCCUUGGAUGCUGACGGUUGGCGCCAGCACCAUGGAUCGGAGAAUCGCAGCCGAUGUGCGGUUCAAAGGCGAGUCUUUGAACCAAAUCCAUGAUUCUCCGGCGAGAAAUCCGAUUCCAUUGGUGUUCCCGGGGAUUAAUGGUGACGAGAAACCCGCCGCGUGUUCCAACGGCUCGCUCGCCGGUUUCGAUGUACGCGGAAAGGUGGUGGUUUGUCUGAGAGGAGUCAACGGGCGGGUGGAGAAAGGUGAGGUGGUGAAAGCAGCCGGCGGCGCCGCCAUGAUCUUAAUGAACACGAACACUGCAGGGUAUACAACAAUAGCAGACGGUCAUGUUCUUCCAGCCUCUCAUGUAAGCCAUGAAGAUGGAAUCAAGAUUGUUGAAUACAUUAACACUACAGAGACUGCAACUGCGAGCAUAUCCUUCCGCGGCACGGAGUUCAGGUCGCCAUUUUCGCCCUCCGUUGGUGAUUUCUCUUCCAGAGGCCCGGGAACAGCAUCUCCGGGAAUAUUGAAGCCGGAUAUAACAGGUCCCGGAGUCAGCGUUCUGGCGGCGUGGCAUGAACUCGAUCCGGCGAAUAAAAAACCGACUUUUAAGGUUUUGUCGGGAACAUCCAUGUCAUGUCCGCAUCUGAGCGGGAUUGCGGCGCUGCUGAAGGCGGCGCACAUGCUGAAGGGGGCCCCCCGAGACUGGUCGCCGGCGGCGAUAAAGUCAGCGCUUUUGACGACGGCUGACGUGGUGGACCGUAGCGGAAAGCCGAUUUCAGACGAGAAGAGGAAGCCGGCUGAUUUCUAUGCGCUUGGAGCAGGGCAUGUCAACCCUGAGAAAGCCAUGAAUCCAGGGCUGGUGUACGAUCUGAAGAAAGAAGAUUACUUUCCAUAUUUCUGCGGGCUGGGGUAUGACGAGACUUUGAUUAGCGUGAUUGUGGAUCGAGAAGUCAACUGCUCGGUGGUGGGGAGCAUUAUGGAGGCGGAGCUGAACUAUCCUUCGUUUUCCGUGGAGCUUGGAGUUGGGGAGAGAGUGGUUUUGAACAGGACGUUGACUAAUGUGGGGUUGGGAAGUCAACGUUAUUGGGCGGAGAUUGAGCCGCCGAAGGGAGUGGUGGUGAAGGUGGUGCCCAAGAGGUUGACUUUUAAGAAGUUGAAGCAGGAGAAGAAGUUCAGGAUCGUUUUGAAGAGAAGUGAGGAGGGAUUGGAGAUGGCGAAGGGAUACCUCAAGUGGGUUUCUCAGAGCCAUCUUGUGCGGAGUCCAAUUUUGAUCACCUCGAAGUGA